UGCUGGCUAAAACCAGAGAUGAGCAAUAUAACUGUCGUUGUUGUUGGUUCAGUGGUCGAUCGGUGAGGGAUCGCCAGGUGAGGUCGUGAGGACUAGUCGAGUUCGAAACGCGAAGAAAUAAUUAGGAUAUUUUGCAUACACGAGCUUCGUAAAAACGAUACGGAGCUCACCGAAAUCAGAAUUCGAACGUCUCUAGUAGCAGAAGUGAAAAUCGAUGUCGAUGAGUUACGGAUACGCUUGAACGUGUCUCUGUUUAGUGCGAAUCGUGCGAAUCGAAUUUCGGUGUGAAUCACUGCACGUUUCUUCCUCAAUGCAUACUACAGCACACGAGUAGGAUAUAACAGAGGUUAGAAUCGCGUGAACGAAAAUGGCUGAGAAAGUAAAUAUUAUGAAGCAAAUAGCUGAGCAAAAGCUGAAAGCAUUUUCUAUUGGGACCAUGGGUAAAAGGCCGUUGAGUAAGAAAGAACUGGAGGAACAACGUAAGAAAGAACAGGAACAAGCAGCGGCUCAAGCUUUCGAGGAAUUCGUAGCGACGUUUCAAGAGACUCCUAAUAAAACAACGAGUAAAGUAUGGGUGAAAGCGGGAACUUACGACGCGGGGAAGCGACAGGAGGACACUCGGGAGAAGGGAAAGCUUUACAAACCUCAGUCGAAAAUAUCGGAGCUCGUCGACAGCAGAUCGUCGGCCGAACAAGCCCAAGAAUAUGCCAGAUUGUUAGGGUCGAACGAAAGGAAAUUGGACAGAUUGGGGAAAAAGAAGAAAGAGGGUGAAAAGAAGAAGAGCAACCUCGAACUGUUCAAGGAAGAAUUAAAAAUGAUACAAGAGGAACGGGAAGAGAGACACAAGUACAAAGGCGUAGUGAAGAACGUUAUCUCGACCCAGUCAUCUUCGUCAUCGUCGGAAGAUCCGAUGUUGGCGGCCUUGAAAUCCGUCGAAGAUGGAUCGUUCGAUAAUGGCGAUCCGAACACCACCAACCUGUACUUGGGAAAUUUAAAUCCGAAGAUCACGGAACAACAGUUGAUGGAAAUAUUCGGCAAGUACGGUCCAUUGGCUAGUAUCAAAAUCAUGUGGCCUCGCAGCGACGAAGAGAAAGCCAGGCAAAGGAAUUGUGGCUUCGUCGCAUUUAUGAGUCGGAAGGACGGGGAACGAGCAUUAAAGAAUCUAAACGGUCGGGACAUAAUGCAGUACGAGAUGAAGUUAGGUUGGGGAAAGAGCGUACCGAUACCACCGUAUCCCAUUUACAUACCACCCGCUCUGAUGGAAAUCACGCAACCACCGCCGCCGUCCGGGCUUCCAUUCAACGCUCAACCGCAUCGGCGUGACAGACACAAGAUACCGCGCGUCCGUAAUCUUCAAACUGUGGACCCUCAGGAAAAAGAAAACUUCGACAAGAUCUUGCAAAAUGCGGUCGUCAAAGUGGUGAUCCCAACGGAAAGGAAUUUAGUCAUGUUGAUACACAGAAUGGUGGAAUUCGUAAUCAGAGAAGGCCCCAUGUUCGAGGCGAUGAUCAUGAACCGAGAAUUGAACAAUCCCAUGUUCAGAUUUCUAUUCGAGAAUUAUUCCCCGGCACACAUUUAUUAUCGAUGGAAGCUGUAUUCCAUAUUGCAAGGCGAUGGACAAAAGGAGUGGCACACGGAAGAUUUUCGGAUGUUCAAAGGUGGCAGCGUGUGGAGACCGCCUCCGAUCAAUCCGUGGACGCAAGGAAUGCCCGACGAAUUGAUCGAAAUGGAGGAAAGACAAGAACCGAGAAGAGGCAGCUUGUCGAACAGCCAACGAGACCGAUUGGAAGAUCUGUUGCGAAACAUAUCGCCCGAAAGGAUAAAAGUCGCAGAAGCGAUGGUAUUCUGCAUAGAACACGCCGAAGCAGCAGAAGAAAUUUGCGACUGCAUCUCGGAAUCGCUCUCGAUACUGCAAACGCCCGUCAACAAGAAGAUAGCAAGGCUGUACCUCAUAUCCGACAUACUACACAAUUGCGGCGUGAAAGUGAACAACGCUACCAUUUACAGGAAAGCGUUCGAAACCAGACUGUUGGACAUAUUCAGCGAGGUCCAUCAAGCUUGCAAACAGUUCGACAGCAGGCUGAAGGCGGAAGGAUUCAAAGUCCGCGUCAUGAGAAUGUUCAGAGCGUGGGAAGAUUGGGCGGUCUAUCCACGAGAUUUUCUCGUCAAACUGCAAAACACUUUUCUCGGACUGGUUCUGCUGAUGGACGAACCGGAGCCAGAGAAUCUGGACGACGACAUCGACGGGGCACCCUUGUCGGACGCGGACGGAGACGGGACCGAAGACUUGGACGGGGUACCGUUAGACGGUGCCGCUCUCCUGAAGGGUGCCAUGAAGCACGGAUUGACGCCUCAGACGAAGCCGAACUACGACGACAUCGACGGUGUACCCAUGGACGAAGACAUAGACGGCGUGCCCAUGGACGAAGACGACGCUACGAACGUACGAAGCAAAGACGGAGGAGGGGACGAUAAGAAGCCGUCCUCCGUUCCCGCCGGUUUCGUACCGUCUCGUUGGGAAACCGUCGACCCCGAUCAGGUGGAAGCGCAAGCCAUGACGACCAGCAAAUGGGAAGAACUAGGUCAAAACGAGGACUCGAACUCUCAGGACACCAGUAUGGAUUCCAGCGGCAGAGACUACCAGAACGAGGAACGACGGAGCCGUCUGCGCGAAAUAGAAGUGAAAACGAUGCAGUAUCAAGACGAAUUGGAAAGCGGUAGAAGAACGUUGAAGUCCGGCAUGACGAUUCAAGGACAAGUGGAACAUUACAGGAAGAAACUGAUAAGAAAGAGCGAAAGAGAGAUGAAAGAGGCGAAGAGCGAGGAACGCGAGGACGAUCGACGAAGAGAAAAGAAACGAAGCACCACUCCGGAGUCGCCCGCUGCCGUUGCCGCGGCGGCAGCCGCCGCCGCCUGUCACUACAGAGACCGAAGACGAGGUUCGACGAGCCCGCCGUCCUCGUCGUCCAAGGGUCAGACGACCAGCAGUAGCAGCAGCAGCAGAUAUCGAUCGCGCAGCAGAUCGCCUCCAGCGCCACCGCCUCCUCUGCCGCCGUCUUCACGCGGGAAACGAAGAUCUCGAUCUCCGUACGCGAAGAAACGAGUACCGACGACGCCGUCACCGCCGCGGAUUCGACGAACGCCUUCGCCCUCGUCGUCGUUCUCGUCGAGGGCGUCACGCCGUUCGCCGCCGACGAACGAGCGAAUCGACCGGAAGAGGAGGGCCAGGUCGCCGUCGUUGUCACCGCCACCUCCGCCGCGCGCUUCGAAGCACAGCAGACCGCCCGCCAACAACAGCCCGCCGUCGCCGCCGUCGACGCGUAAACACAGACACAAACACAAAUAUUAAGCGUCGAACGCGGAAAGAAAGAAAAACGGUUCGUAAGAGCAACGACGACGACGACGACAACGACGACAACGACGACAACGACGACAACGACGACGACGAACGAAACGGAGAUGACGCGUCAUUGCCUCGAACGCGACAGAGGAAACGCGGAGAGAAACACGUCGUUCUCUCGGUAGCGGCGAAGCAUCGCGGACCCCGCGCGGUGAAGACCGACGAGAGUUUCGGACGCCCGACCAGUGGCGCACCGUGGAGAUUCAACCGACGCGCAGGGAGUAGGUGUGACGCGCGAGCGCGAGCAUUCGUACACGAAGAGGACAGACGACAGAAAGAGGCGGCGCCACUAGUCGGGCGGAGACCAGAGACACGGAAGACUCGAUUCUCGCACGUCGACGGUCGACGGCGUCGACACAACACGACACGCGAUUCGUCGAUCGAAUCGAGCGUUGGACGGGAAAGAGACGAGGAGCACCGAUCGGUCGGUCAACGUCGAUCCGAAUCCGGUGUGGGACACCGUUGGACGGAAUCCGCACGGAGUCGACACGUAGACACACGCACGCAACGGAAACGACGAAGAAACGAGAUCGGUGGAAGCGCGACUCGGUCGAGAGUCCGACUCUGUACAACUGGCGAUCGGUACAAUAAAACACUGUGGAAAACUUUGAA